UCAUGUGACAUUCCCAUAUAUAGUUUACCUAUUCACCCCAAACCCUCAUCCUACUACCAAAAAACCAAAUUCCAAAACAAUUAAGUAGAAAAUUAUUAAAAUAAUAUGGCAAUUUCAAAGGAGAAGUUGGUCUUCGACAUAAGACUAGCAACAGUCGUGCCAGGUAAAAUUAGUGGUGAAAACAAAACGUACGAGUUAAAAGGCAUAGAUUUGGCCAUGAAAAUGCACCACCUUAAAGGGUUAUAUUUCUUCACUAAUACCAAAAUUGGUAUUGAAGAAAUAAAAAGUGAGCCUAUGUAUGAUUGGCUAGUCUCUUAUUUCAUGGCUUGUGGGCGGGUUCGGGCCUCGUCCGAUGAGACCGGCAACCGGGCCUCGAUCAAGCUUAACGACGCCGGAAUACGGAUGGUCGAGGCCCGGUCGAACAAGACGGUCGAGGGAUGGCUUGCUAUGGAGGAUUUUUUAUCGUUGCAAGAUUGCCUUGUCUAUAACCAUGAUAUUGGUCCUGAAUUGGCAUUUUCUCCUCUUGUUUGCCUUCAGGUGACAUGGUUCAAGUGUGGAGGUAUUUCAAUGGGCCUAAGUUGGGCUCAUAUACUUGGUGAUGCAUUCUCAGCUUCAGAAUUCAUGAAUAUGUGGAGUCAAUACAUGCAAGGUCAUCAUAAACAACCAAAAACUCUAGCCCAACAAAAUCCAUCAAAGCCCAUAUACCCGCCUUUGAACCCGUCCCAAAAGCCCGUUUCCUUGAAACGGAUCGACCCGGUGGGUAACCAUUGGGUCAAUCCUACAAAGUGUAAGAUAGGUACCCAUUCUUUUCAUGUUACUCCAAAACAACUUGCACAACUUCAUUUGAGGGUAUAUGGUUCCAAUAAGAAUGAAAUUGAUACAAGUAAAGGUUUUGAGGUAAUUACAUCAAUCUUAUGGAGGUCCAUUGCAAAAAUUAGGGAGGAUUUGGAUACCAAAGUUGUGACUAUUUGUAGACCAAAAAGAAUCAAGAGGAAACAAGGGGUGCCCUACAACGGACAAGUAAUAGGGACAGUCGAGGUUGGUUUUUCAGUAUCAAGUGUAGAUCCUUUGAAGCUGGUGCAAUUGAUUGUUGAAAAUGUACUUGACGAGAGCAACAUUGUUGAAGAAUUGGUGAAUAAAGAGAUGAGUACAUCUGACUACGUUGUAUAUGGGGCAAAUCUUACGUUUGUUGACAUGGAAGAAGUUGAUGUUUAUGGUUUCGAAAUACAGGGGAAUCGUCCAACGUUUGCUAGUUACACUAUUGAUGGAAUAGAGGAUAAAGGAGCAAUUCUAGUACUUCCGGGCCCAAAAGAUGGAGACAAUACCAAUGGUGGCAAACUUAUUGUGCUACUCCUACCUGAAAAUGAAAUUGUAUCCUUGAAAAAUGAGUUAAAGGAAGAAUGGUACAUUACAUAAUAUUUACUUUGUGUAUUUAGUGUGUGAAUACAACAAAAAAAACAUGUGAAAAUAUAUCAUAAACGGAAAUGGUGCAAGUAAUAUGCAACUUCUAUAAAAGGAAAAUGGUGCAAGUAAAAAAAACGAGGAUUAAGAGUUCACAUUUUAGUAUUUUACAAUUCGGAAUUUUUUAUUUUUGUUUUUCUUGUAAGAUAAUACUUCGUAUUGUUAUGUUGUACAUUGACUUGAUGAUCAGUGGCGGCACCAGUAGGGGUUCAGUGGGUUCAACUGAACCCCUACUGGAUUUUGAAAAAUGUUAUUCGUUUAUAAAAGAAAGAAACUAUUAGUAAUUAUUGCAGCAUAAUUAACUCAAAUGGGUGGUAGGAGGCAGUGGUUCUAACUGCGUUAUACGUAGUAUCUCCUAAUGGGCGCGGGAUCGAUUCCCUGCUUAACUCAAGCCUUUCUGUAUUUUUAAGUUCAUUUUUUCUAUCCCUGCCAUAACUCCUUUCCUUUUGUAUUUUAAGUUCAUUUUUACUUUAGUUUACUUUCCGUUGUCUAUUUACAAGUUUAUCUUUUCUUCAAUUUACUUAUUAGUAUUUUAAAUUUUUUCUUCUCUCUAGUUUACCUAUUAAUUAAUGGAUUAUGGUGACGGACUGACGAGUUAAGGCUUUGA